GGCAAGAAAACGCAAGAAAAUCAGAGAGGAACAUCACCGUCGAGAGAGUGUAGCGAACCAGAACUUCCUAUUCUUAGCUUUUCUUGGAAUGCUUUCUUUACGAUACUGUCUGCCGCUUAUUCCGACAAGAUUGGAAUCAAUUGAAGCAUCGAAUAAGAAGUGUCCGAGGAGAUAUAUCAUAUGCGAGCUGAAAGGGCCGCGGCCAAGAUAUCCUCGAGUCUGGAAAACGAAAACGCGAAUAGGAACCAUCUCUAAGGCAGCCAAGCUAGUUGACUGUGUAAAGGGAUUGUCGAACGUGAAGGAGGAAGUGUAUGGUGCACUUGAUUAAUUAGUUGAUUCCUUUUUUGCUUGGGACUUGGAGUUCGCUUUGAUUACUGUAAAGAAAGCAUUGAGGACUCUUGAGCAUCAACAAGAAUGGAAAAGGAUAAUUCAGGUCUCUAAGUGGAUGCUGAAUAAAGGGCAAGGGAGGAUGACAGGAGCAUAUCAUAUUUCAAUCUUAUUGAGUGCAUUAGCCGAGGAUGAAAGGCUCGACGAAGCUGAAGAGCUAUGGAAAAAGUUGUUCAUGCAGUACCUGGAAGGGCAUGCCUCGUAAGUUCUUUGAUAAGAUGAUGUCCAUCUAUUACAAUAGGGAUAUGCAUGACAAGAUGUUUGAGAUAUUUGCUGACAUGGAAGAACUGGGCGUCCAGCCGAGUGUUUCAAUAGUCAACAUGAUCGGGACUGUUUUCCAGCAUCGAGGCAUGUUGGACAAGUAUGAGAAGCUGAAAGCCAAGUACCCUCCGCCGAAAUGGGAGUUCAGGUACAUCAAGGGGAAGCGUGUGAGGAUUCGUGCCAAGCAUUACCGUGAAUAUGAGAGUGAGAGUGGAGGGGAGGGGGGAAUAAAGCGGAUGAUGAGAACCCAGACGAAAGUAGCAAUGAGGAAGAGACUAGUCUCAGCUCGACUGAGUUUGAGGAUGAGCUCGACAAUCAGCUGGGUAGAGACAGCAACUGUAGCAGUAGAAAGUAGAAACGAAGGGUCAAGCAGGAGAGGCAACGACGCACCUUUGCAUCAUAUCAGCAGUCCAUGGAAGUUGAUGAUGCCGGUUGAAGUCAGAACUUCGUGGGAUGAGGGCCAAAUUCUAUCCUUUUGGACUUGCAGAAUGCCAACACGAGUGGAAAUCUGAUCGGCUAAGAAACUGUAGAAGGUAUCAACUGAAUUCUGACUUGUUCAUGUAAUCACUGUGCUGGGCUGCUGGGCCUGGGGGAUCUUGUGUAGAUGUACAACGGAGAUCAUAGUUUUUAUAGAAGCAUAGGAACCUAUUUGAGGAGGCCAAGGAAACAGAAGCCAUGUAUUACCCUUUUGGGACCAGAAUGAACAUGAGUGAAUAGUCUAGUCCCCCUUUAUUUGUCACUGCCAGAUUAAAAUUCUUGCUUUCAACUCAAGAAAAAAGUUCCAC